AUGAGCAGUUCUAAAGCUAGUAGUAAUGCUAUGGGAUGUAGUGAAAUAGGAAGGUUUUCGAGGUAUAUGCUGACAGGAAGAUGGUUCAGUGUGUUUGCCUCCUUCCUCAUUAUGGCUGGAGCUGGUGCCACUUACCUCUAUGGUACCUAUUCCAAAGAGAUCAAGUCCACUCUUGGCUAUGACCAAACAGAAAUCAACAUGCUAGGCUUCUCCAAAGAUUUUGGUGCAAACGUUGGUGUCCUCUCUGGCCUAAUUGGUGAAGUAACCCCAGUUUGGUUCGUGCUCAUAAUUGGCGCGGUCAUGAAUUUUGUAGGCUACUUCAUGAUUUGGCUGGCUGUCACUGGCAGAAUUCCCAAGCCUAAAGUAUGGCAGAUGUGCGUUUAUAUAUGCAUUGGAGCCAACUCUCAAAACUUUGCAAAUACAGGAGCUCUUGUCACUUGUGUCAAGAAUUUCCCAGAGAGCCGAGGUGUUAUGCUUGGUCUGUUAAAGGGUUUUACUGGGCUUAGUGGAGCUAUCCUGACACAAAUUUACUUAGCAGUGUAUGGAAAUGAUUCAAAAUCCUUGAUUCUUCUUAUUGGCUGGCUCCCUGCUGCAGUGUCAAUAGUUUUUGUAUACACCAUUCGACCAAUGAAAGUUAUUAGGCAACCCAAUGAGCUCAAAGUCUUUUACCAUUUCCUCUACAUCUCAAUUAUCCUUGCAGUAUUUCUCAUGGUGAUGAAUCUGCUUCAGAAAUAUAUUAAUUUCUCCCAUGCUGCCUAUGCUGGAAGCGCCACUGUGGCUGUUUUGUUGCUCUUUCUCCCUCUUGGCAUUUCCAUUAGAGAAGAGCUAGUCCUCUGGAACCUCCAGAAACAGCCUGUUGAUCCUCCAACUGAGGUCAAAGUUGAGAAACCACAAGAGAUCGAAGAGAAAAAGAAUGAGCCGAAAGAGAAAGAAUUGGAGACACCAGAGCCAGGUUGUUUUUCUGACAUAUGGAACAAACCAACAAGAGGAGAAGACUAUACCAUUUUACAAGCACUCUUAAGUACGGACAUGCUCAUUUUGUUCAUUUCAACAUUAUGUGGGCUUGGGUCAAGCUUGACAGCAGUAGACAACUUGGGGCAAAUUGGCGAGUCUUUGGGGUAUCCAACCAAAACAAUAAAAACUUUUGUGUCAUUGACUAGCAUAUGGAACUACUUUGGCAGAGUCUUUUCUGGGUUCAUCUCCGAAAGCCUACUGAUCAGGUGGAAAAUUCCCAGACCAUUAGUAAUGACUUUUGCUCUUGUUCUAUCAUGUGUUGGUCUCCUACUCAUUGCAUUUCCGGUCCCUGGUUCAGUUUACGUGGCAUCGGUGAUCAUAGGGUUUUCUUUUGGGGCUCAAUUGCCGUUACUUUUUGCAAUCAUUUCCGAGCUCUUUGGUCUUAAGCACUUUGCUACAUUAUUCAAUUGUGGACAAAUAGCAAGUCCACUAGGGUCCUAUCUUUUCAAUGUGAAGCUCACCGGGGCGCUCUACGAUAAGGAGGCAAUGAAAGAGCUAACAAAGAGAGGUUUGACCAGAUCACAAGUGAAGGACUUGACAUGCCUUGGAAAUCAUUGUUAUCGGUUGUCUUUCACAAUUUUAGCUGCUGCUACGUUCUUUGGUGCUCUUGUGUCACUGAUUUUGGUGUUCAGGACAAGAAAGUUCUACAAAGGUGACAUAUAUAAGAAAUACAGACAACAAGGUUCGGAAUUAGCAGUGAAAAAAGUGGCUACCUUUAAGCGUAAUGGUAAUGGGUUUCUUGGCAAAGAGGCCAAGCAAACUCAAGGGCUCCAAGAAAUACCCAAUAGACCGCUCAAAACCACAGUCGUGGUCCAGUUUCAACCGACCCAUCGCUAUCCCUGGCUUGAACUUAAAUCCAGUGCCUACUCAAUAUAG